AUGGUCGGCCUCGGUGCCGGCUUUGGCUGGGCCGUCACCGGCCGCCUGCUGAUCGGCCUCUACUUCGGCGUGGUGGAGGGCCCGGCGCGCGCGUUCGUCGGCGAGGUGACCUGUCGCACGGUGCGCGGCGCCGUCGGCAACGUGCUGAACACGGUGACGCCGGUGACGGUGGUGCUGGUGCUGGGCUUGGGGUCGCGGCUGCCGUGGCGCACGGUGGAGUUCUCGCUGGUGACGGCCUCGGCCGUAUUGCAGGCGUGCGGCCUGCUCUUCCUGCCGCAGUCGCCCAAGUGGCUGCUGGCGCACGGCCACCCGAGUGAGGAGGCCGAGCGCUCCGUGCGCUUCUACCUCGGCGACGGCGCCGACGUCAAGCAGGAGGUGAAGAACAUCGAGGAGUCGCUGUCCCGCUCCGGGCACGCGGCCAGCCUGCUGACGCGCCUGUCGCACGUCUUCCGCCGCUGGGAGAACCUGCACCCGACGCUGCUGCUUCUGCUGCAGUUCUUCUGCCUGGUGUUCAGCGGCGCGAUUGGUGUGGUGCAGUUCGGGCCGGCCAUCUUCCGCUCCACCGGCGGGGACAUCAACCCCUACCACAGCUCCAUGUACAUCUCGGCGGCCAUGGCGCUGUCGAUGCUGAUUUCUGGCUCGCUGCUGGAGCGCUGCAACCGCCGAGUUCUGCUGCAGGUGUCCGGCCUGCUCGGCAUGGUCGGAUGUACAGCCAUGGGCGCCUUCUUCCUGCUGGGCCAGUACCCGUGGCUGGUACUGGCCGGGGCUCUGGCCACCACACUAUCCUACGGCGCCGGCAUCGCACCCAUCACCUUCACCUACCUGGUAGAGCUGCUGCCCAACAGCGUACGCUCCAUGGCAAUCAGCAUCGUGCUGCUCUACUUCAGCGUGGUGCAGUUCCUCGCUGUCCACUUCUUCCCAGCCAUGGUGUCAGGUCUCGGCAACUACGGCACGUUCUGGCUCUUCGCCGCCGUCAAUCUGCUGCAGGUGGCACUGGCCACCUUCUGGCUUCCUGAGACGCGCGGCCUCUCGCUCGAGGAGAUUCAGAGGAGAUUCUUCUCGGCGGCCCCACCGCCGGCGGGCGCAGUGGACGCGGCGGAGAAGGCCGAGAGGUCGCCGCCGCCAGUGGAAGAGGCGGAGUCCACAGCACUCUGACUCCGUCUGGUGGAGUCACGCUGUCCGUCUCUGCGCGUUGCGCACCAGAAGAGGGCUGUGGUCUGAACAGGCGGCCGGCGCCAUUAACGAUCCCAACACGAUCAGAGUGGCCAAACUACACGCGAAACAAGAGGGCGUCUCCAACCUUGCGCAUGGUAGACGAAGUACGAACAGAACCACUAGCUGCGGCAUUUUUCAAUCAAGGCAGCCGCACUGUGCUCUGCGAUUUCACUCGAGGCAGCCGCCCUGUGCUCUGUGUUUUUUACUCGAGGCAGCCGUCCUGUGCUCUGUGAUUUCAUUCGAGGCAGCCUCCCUGUGCUCUGUGUUCUUCACUCGAGGCAGCCGUCUUGUGGUCUGUGUUUUUCACUCGAGGCAGCCGCCCUGUGCUCUGUUUUUUUUUUCACUCGAGACAGCCGCCCUGUGCUAUGGGGUUUCAUGCGUGAAGGUCUGUUCCGGCGAGAGUGGGAAGUGGCGGCUCGGUUGUCUUUCGUUCCCCACAGAAUCGCGUGCAUGUUGUAACAGCUGACGGCGCUUACGCCGCGCAACAAGGCUCGGGGCUCCGUGGCUCGGGGUGCAGCUGGAGGAGCUCGCGGGGGCCACGCGGCAGUGACCGGGGCGGGAAUGACGACCCUGAAGUGGCGCGCUGACGCCCGAAUCGCACAGUGCCUCUGAAGC